CACCGCCGUUCCGGACGACGUCGUCGUCAUCGUUGGUAGCCGUUCCGGACGACGUAGUUGUCAUCUCGCCAAACUGCUGCCGGUCCCAUCUCUCUCUGGUUUCCGUUUGGCAUCCACGACCAUCCAUCGUCACCGAUUUAAAAGGGCUGUUGUCAUUUUUUUAUCUUGUUAUCUACGUUUUUAAGGUUCUUCAAAGAUGCUUGGAAAGGAGAUUUUUCUCCUUGUUUCGUCUUUGGUGCGUUGUAUCUUUAUCGAAUUCUUUCAAUUUGUGAGAGGAGCUUGCUAGGGGUUGACUUUGUUGGCACUUGAAGUCAUCAUCAGGAAGUAUUCAGAACCCACCACAAUCUGUAUUGACAUUUGGGGCAACAAUCUUCCCCUUCCAGAAAUCCUAGCGAUCGCAGACGGUUGUAACUAUCUUCCCCUGCUUUGGCCUUACCUGAAUUGGGGCGGAAGCACGUUGUACUAAAAGAGGUCCGCGAACUUUAAGCCUGGAUUUUGCACUGUUUUCUGCAAUUUUUUCGUUUUGUUGAAGCUUUCCUUGUGCACUACACGCCAAGAGGGUCACCAUCACUGACAGGCUACCUGGAGUCAGACUAUAGGGGCACCACCAAGGCUUGUUUAAGUUUAUUACUGUGCUACAAUUGCUGCUAUUGCCCUUGCAUUUAUUUAUUUAUUAUGGUGUCUUUAACUGAUAUUGCUCGCCUUAUAGAAAUUGUUUUAAACUGCUCCAACUACAAUGCAUGGGCCCAGCAUAUGUCAGCUUUUUUGAUUGAUCGGAGAUUAUGGCGUUUCGUCACCGGAACAAAACAAAAACCCACGAAAACUGACACGCAAUCAACAGAAGAGUUUGAUGAGGCUCUUGAUGAAUGGGAAAGUACUCACUAUAAGAUCAUUUCCUGGUUUAUUAAUACAUCUAUUCCUACUAUUCAGAGUCUACUUCCUAAAUUUUGUAAUGCUAGACUUGCUUGGGAUUUUUUUGGCCAAACGGUACAACUGUGGUAGUGAUAUUGCUCUCGAGUUUCAGUUGGAAACUAGGCUUUCUCAGCUGCGUCAGGAACCUGGACAAUCUAUUAUCGAGUUUCAUGCUCAGGAUCGUCGUCAAUUUAUAUACUUUAUGAUGCAUAUUCGGGAUGAAUUGGAGAAUACUCGAGCUUCUUUGUUACAUUGCUCGCCUCUUCCUACACUUAAGGUUGCUCUUACGGAGCUCAUUUCUGAGGAGACAUGCCAACAAACUCGUCGCGUUCAUUCUACCGAUAUGGUCUUAGCUACUGCUCCUUCUCGUUCCUCUUCUCCAGCUACUCCUGCUGCAGCUGUUGCAUCUUCUAAACCACAUCGUUUCAAUGCCCAGUGCCACUAUUGUAAGGAAGACAGUCACCGUAUUUUUGAUUGUCCUAAGAAGAAGGCCAAGGAUGCCUGGGAUGCUUUUAAGGCUAAGGCCUCUUCCUCUUCCAAGUUUGUUGCUACUGUCUCCACAAGCUCCUCAGUUUUUGCUGCUCCAUCUUCAGCACCUCCUUGUCGUCUCUUUCUAUAGCUGACCUUGAGGCAAUUAUCACCCAGAUUUUAUCCCGUACUUCUACUGCCUUAUCAGUCUCCACAGGAUUCGAAGACGAGCCAACUUGUUAGGACAGGGCAUAGAGUUGGUCGCCUUUUCGAGCUCACAUCUCUGCAUUUGCCUCGUUCAUGUUCCCCUCCGUCUCUUUCCAUUGUAGUGUCUUCCAGUGUUUGGCAUUCUCAUCUCGGUCAUGCCUCGUUGUUUCGUGUUCAGUCUUUAGCUUCUAGUGGUUGCUUAGAAGAUGUUAAAUUUGAACAUUUUGAUUGUUUGCCUUGUCAACUUGACAAAUAGAAAGCUUUACC